AUGUCUGGUCGUGGGAAGAAAGCUGCACCGAAGCCAAAAUCUGCAGUUUCCCGGUCUUCCAGGGCAGGGAUCACUUUCCCAGUUGGCCGCAUCCACAGGCUCCUCAGGAAAGGUCACUAUGCUCAGCGAGUUGGCACUGGUGCUGCAGUGUACCUCUCAGCUGUCCUGGAGUACCUCUGCGCUGAGAUCCUGGAGCUGUCAGGAAAUGCUAGCCGUGACAACAAGAAGCACCGUAUUGCUCCUCGCCACAUCUUGCUGGCAGUGAAAAAUGACGAGGAGCUCAACAAACUACUGGCAGGGGUCACUAUCUCAGAGGGUGGUGUCAUCCCAAAUAUCCAGGCAAGCCUUCUCCCCAAAAGGACCAAGGCACCCAAGGAUGAUGGUUCUGAAAAAGAUGUUCAAUCUCAAGAGUUUUAA